AUUUCCGAGUGUUCUUGAAAGCAUCUUCUCCACGGGCAGGUUUCUAGGGGAAGUGACGUCACACCCUGUGUCGGGGCUUCUUUUUGUCGUGUGGUAGCAGCGCCCAGAGCCAUCAAAGAUGACUACAGCUGCAAGGCCAACAUUUGAGCCAGCGAGAGGAGGGAGGGGUAAAGGGGAAGGUGAUUUGAGUGCCCUGUCCAAGCAAUACUCCAGUCGAGAUCUUCCGGGUCACACCAAGAUCAAGUACAGGCAACCUACCCAGGAUGCCCCUGAGGAGGUGCGUGCCCGUGACUUCCGCAGAGAGCUGGAGGAGAGGGAGCGUGUAGCUGUACGUGAAAAGACCAGAGAGAGGGGUCCAAGAGAGCACACCACAUCAUCAUCAUCUUCGUCAUCCUCUUCAAAGAGGCCCCGACUGGAUCAGAUCCCAGCAGCCAACCUGGACGCCGAUGACCCUCUCACUGAUGAUGAUGAGGACGAGGACUCUGAGGAGGACAGCGAUGACGACGACACUGCAGCUCUUAUGGCAGAACUGGAGAAGAUCAGGAAGGAGCGGGCUGAAGAGCAAGAACGCAAAGAGCGAGAGCAAAAGGCAGAGGAGGAGAGGAUUCGCAUGGAGAAUAUCUUGAGUGGCAAUCCGUUGAUUAAUUUGGCAGGACAACAGCAGCAACAACAAAUGAACCCAACUCAGAACACAUUCCGGGUGAAGAGAAGGUGGGAUGAUGAUGUUGUGUUCAAGAACUGCGCCAAAGGAGUGGACGAAGCACGUAAGGAGAAGCGUUUUGUCAAUGACACACUGCGCUCGGAGUUCCACAAGAAAUUUAUGGAGAAAUAUGUGAAGUAAAGGACAUGGAGUGGCUUCAGUUAUUGCUUGUUCUUUUUUCUUUUUUCUUCUCAUUUCUGUGGUCUCAGCUGUCUGUCUCAAGAAUCAUAGAUGGUAUUCAGUUACAUUCUGUGUUCAAAUGAAUUAGUAUUUGUACAGUACAGAAACCACAAAAUGUUGUAUAUAAAUGAGUUGGUGAGCUUCAUCUUUGUCUUUCUGUAGGAUUUUUUUUUUUUAAAUUUCAUUUCAAUAAACAAAGACUUGUUUAAAAUGGC